AUGGUGGUUCCCUCAAAAUUGCAUACGACCGCAGAGCUCUUGUUACGAUACUUUGAACAGCCAAUUCACUUCGCGUCGCAUAACGGGCUGCAUAUAAUUCUCGAAUACUUACUAGCACCGCGUUCAAGCCGACCUAAAUCCGCCGCCCCACAUUCAGAACGCGAACAAGAGACUUCUCAAUAUUUCAGUGCAAAGUAUAAAACAAUUUGCAUGUUUUAUGAAGCGUGGGAGCAGACUCUUAAGCACUGUGAGGACCGGGGAAGCUCCGUCCUCCCUCAGCUUUUAUUUGCAGAAGGCUAUGAGCUCUUGAGCAUCGUGUCCCAAAAAACACGAUCUUCACGUCCGGCAAAAUGGGAAAGCUUUCUUGUGGAAGAUGUACUCUUCCAGUGGGACACUAAUUACCGUGCUGCUUGGUUUACUUUACAGGCAGCAAGGCAGGACCAAUUCGCGGAUUUUGCCAGCCUUUUAACGGAUGCUGACAAAGAAGCUAUGGCGGAGUUGCUAAAAAACCACGACCACGAUACUGGAAAACUUGAAGCCGAAUGUAUAAAAAUCCUGAGCGAGAAAAAGAACGAAGUAACGACCGCCUGUCCUCUAUAUAACGUACCUGAUGGGCUUUACCGAGUCCCCCUACACAUUGGGGUUUUGAAUGCAAGGGUCCGCAAAUACUUGAUCAAUUGUGGCGCCGACAUUAAUACUAUAGUUGACAAAGAAUAUUCGGCCACUCUUCUACUUCAACUUUUACAUGCCCUUAGUUUCGCUGAAGAUAGACAAACCCAUCGAGACGUUUACCUCCAGGGAGUUCGGGGCCUUUUAACCGAGGGAGCAGAUUUAGAGAGAAGAGGAAGUUACAAGGGCGCCAGCGCUCUACACUACGCCGCGGCAAUUCACGAUCUAAGUCUGUUUCGGCAGAUUGCCCAGUUAAAAACGUGGGAUAUCCUUGCUUUCGACCAAAGCGAAAGGACUCCAAUGCAUUAUCUAUUCAUGUUCCGACCUCCCGAUUCGAAAAUUGAAGAAGUUUCCGAAAUCUUUAAAACAUUAAUUCGGUUAGGCCCGGAUACCUCGAAGGUAAUUAAUGCGCAGGAUGCGUAUAGUCAAGGCCCACUGUCUCUGGCUAUGAAGACUGGGUUCAUCGAGGGUAUUCGAUGGCUUGCAGAUCUGAAAGUUGACAUCCACGACGAGGACAGACAAGGACAGAACUGCCUCCAUCAUAUGUAUAACAUCUACGACGAUGAAAAAUAUGUAAAUUCAAUAGUUCGUCUGUUAGCGGAGGAUCUGGGCACUGACUGGAGGAAACGCGACAACGGAGGACGAACACCCUUAUACCUUGCGAUCGAGUAUUGUAAUACCACUGUUGCACUUGCUUUCCUUGAUCUUUAUGAUAGGCUAGGGCCUAUUAUAUCGUGUGACGACGACCUCAUCUGCUAUAACAGUGAUGAAAAUUACAGUAUCCUCCACUAUCUGGCCUUAAUUCCAGAUUCGUAUAGGAUAAUUGACAGGGUUCUCAAGUUGGCAGGGGGCAAAAUGGAUGUUUACCAUCGGCCGAAUGGCACAGGAUCGCGCCCUUUGGAGUUUGCGAUUAAGGAAAAUAUCAAUAUAGACGUCGCCCAGCGUAUACUCGAAUCGGGCUCGUACACCUGUGGCACAGAACAGUCUGGAUGGAACGAAGUAGACAUAUGUUGCCAGGAGAUCAUGAAACACGACCCAAACGACGCCAAGGGUGCCGAAUCUAUGAAAAACCUCAAAUUCAUACUGCAGCUUUUUUUCCGACACUGUCCACGGGAUGCUAUAACUGCCCUUGGAUACCCGAUAUUCCACUCAAAGAACCCAUUCCUGAACGAGGAUGAGCAAGAGGAUAUGAUAUCGCAGUUGGAUGUUCUGCUUACCGAUGCUCAUGGCUGGACAGUCGCAGCUAUUUUGCACGCAAUGGGCAACGGUAGGUUCAAGGAUUUACCGAUAGAAUAUUAUGAAGGGGAAUUUACCAAGCAGAAGGUACCUGGCAAGCUCGCUCUAAAAUCAAGCUUCGGGCAAUUUCGAACCGAAGACGGUCUUCAAUUUAUCAUAGAUCCAAGUAUGGCUAUCUAUAGGCAUUCAUCUCCUGACAUAUACUUUGCAGAUCACCCAAUUACGCUAUCGAAGAAAACGACAUACUUUGAAGUAACAUUUAAUUUCUCGGAGGCUUAUUAUCGUGGGAUAGGAAAGGAUGGAAACGAUAUAGGAGAAGUGAAAGGAGGUCACGACGUCACUCCUUCGAAUGCCACAAACGAAAUUGACGAGGAACACUACUUCUCAGUAGGAGUCAUGUCAAAGGUGAGCCAGCUACUGCCUGGUGAAGGGGGCUAUAAACUAGGAAUCGAGUGCAGCUCCGAUGGCGCUAUAAGAACCAUCUUCACGCAUUCAAAGGGAGCCAAGUGCAUAUCGCAACUCUGGAAUACAGGAAGCGAGGAUGGAUACCGAACUGCGCGGAAGGCUGCCUUUGGAAUAUCUCCAACAGAACAUGACGGCAAGCAUGUCAUUGGAUGUGGAAUGAACUCUCUUGACCGUAUAAUCUUCUUUUCUGUAAACGGAAAAAUGUUACCGGCAUGGUUCUCAACAUCAAAAUCACUGCAGCUUCCUACCAUUACCCUCCGCGAUUGCGAUAUGUUCUUACACGGGUUUUCGGUUAACUUUGGAAGAACUAAGUUCGUUUUUGAAGACGCUAACGCACCAGACUGGGUGUGGGAUGGAGAAGUACCCGAAGUCGACGGGAUACACCUUAUACAUCGCCCGGACCAGGAUGGAAUUAUCAGAGACGGAGGCUUUAUGCUUCCGCGGUACCAUUGA